AUGAUUGAUAACACUAUCAGGCUCUAUUAUCAAAACUGUCGGGGUCUCCGAACGAAGACUCACGAAUUCUUUACUGCAUGCGCUAAUAGUGAUAAUGAUGUCAUUUGCAUAACGGAAUCUUGGCUACAGCCGCAUGUUAACUCCUCAGAACUGUUUUGUCUUGAUAGUUUCAAUGUAUUUCGAAAGGACAGAUGCGAUUCUAACAGCCGAAAGAAGGAAGGCGGAGGCGUCCUUGUUGGUGUAUCUAGGAAGUUUAAGGCCGAGUUGAUUUCUGAUAUUGCUAACACUACAAUUGUGGAGGAUCUAUGGAUACAGAUGUCGAUUUCGAAAGAUGAAAAACUUUAUAUUUGUGCGUGCUAUUUUCCGCCGGAUAUUAGUUGUGACGAUGUUUUGAACUAUCUCGACUCGGUCACUUCGUUCAUGGAUGAUCAUGGGGAUGACACGUUCGUCUUUGUCGGUGAUUUCAACCUCAGUGAUUACGUGUGGUCGCCAGAUAGUGCUGACGGUGAUUUGAAGCCAAAUGUCAUAAGUAGAAGUCCGUACACAGGUUUUUCUGACUUCUGCUCCUACAACUCUCUAUCUCAGUUCAAUGGCGUUCGUAACAGCAAUGGAAAAAUUUUGGACUUGGUUCUUGGGAGUACGAAAUCCAUUGGCGUAUGUCGCAGCGACCUGCCUUUUAUUGAGGAAGAUCUGCAUCAUCCUGCGCUGGAAGCGGAUAUCAGAUGUGGGUUUGACAUGAGAAAGCCAUUUAAAUCUCGUUCUCUUUAUAAGUACUUUGAAGCUGACUAUGAAUCAAUUAAGGAAGAUUUAUCUAAAGUUUGCUGGGAUGAUAUCUUGGUCAGUCAAGACAUAAAUGAAUGCGUUGAAGUACUGUACUCGGUUUUGCAUGAUGUUAUUGACAGAAACGUUCCCCAGAGAUCGUCUAAAAAUGAAAAAUUCCCUGUUUGGUUUUCGAAGCAGACUAUUAAUUUGAUUAGGGAUAAGAGAAGGUUUCAUGUCGAGUUCAAAAGAUUCGGGGAUACCAGGGAUUAUCAACGAUUUUCAGAGUUGAGAUCUCAGUGUAAGACACAUAUAAAAGAAGACUACAAUAAGCAUAUAUCUACCAUUGAAGACAACAUAAUUGGAAACCCCAGGAACUUUUGGUCCUUUGUGAGUUUAUUCAGUAAAAAUGAACAAAUUCCGCAUGUACUAGAGCACAACAACAAAACUCUCACCGAUGACAUUACAAUAGUAAACCAGUUUAGUGGUUUCUUUUCAUCUUUCUUUGAGGAUCCUGAUAAACCGGUCAUUUACAAAAGGAAGAAUAAUAAUAACAAUUCUGCUAUAUUUUUCAAUGACAUUUCUGAGGCGGAGAUAGCGGCAAAAAUAGCAUCUUUGGAUGGCAGCAAGAGCUCGGGUCCUGAUUUGAUUCCACCUUUUUUUUAUAAAUUCCUGUGCUACCAGCCUGGUGAAACCUUUGCACAUAAUUUAUAA